UGUGAGCGGGAAAAAUGGCUGCUAUGGACAAAUGUGUCCGUGAAGUGACAGUGUUUUCGUCUAAUGAAAGACCUCGUCUGAUAGACUUUAGYAUUGGUAUACAACCUUCUACUAAAAUAAGAGAUGAAGAAACCCUGAAGUGUAAUUCAGGAGGCGGAUAUGGGUACAAUGGCAGUUCUCAAGUCCAUUCUGUUACAAGCAAUCGUUUUAUAUAUUGGAGAAUCAGAGAUAGUACAUUAGAACUUGCAGAAGAAUCUCUUCAUGUUAAUUUAUCUGGUAACAGUUUAAGGCUCCGCUUCGUUGACGGUACAUUAGUACCUGGGUUGUCAAUCUUCGAGACAACUUCAAGUGUAUGUGUACUUGUAGCAACAACAAAUAGUGUCCACAGGAUUGUCUUUUCACAUCCUAAYCGACUUCAAAGACAUGCUUUUGGAGUGACAUCUUCAUUUAAUCAAAGUAUUUCUUCAAUAUUCAAUACUACUUCCAUAUCUGAACUUCGAGAACCAUGGAAUUUUGCUACAUUUUYACAGUGUUGUACAGCAUCAUCAGCUUGGCUUUGUCAAGAUGGACAUGCCCUCUUUACACUGGCUACUGAAGUGGGGAGUAUUUUAUUGGUCAAACUACCACCAAGUGGAGUGCAUGAGGAAGCAGAGAUCUUUGAUCUUCAACAAUCAAGUGUGAUGCAAAGACUGUGGUCUGGUAUUGUUCCUUCAAGUUUAAGAGGAGACUCUCCAUCGCAUGAUGGUAUUAUUGAUCUUGGAAUCUAUCCUGUUGGACAGCAAAUGUGCCUGUUUACAUUAUGUCGAGACCAUAAACUUAGAAUAUGGUCCUGUCAGAAGCAAGAGUGCAUUUCAGUGAAAGACAUGCUUGAAGAUGUCCCGGAUGAUGUUGAUGCAAAUGCUGUUAGUUCACAGCAGCACAAAAUGAAAAUCACAUUUGAACCCAAAACAAAUAAACUUUAUGUUGGUGUCUUUCUUUCAUUUCAAUAUCAAAAUCAGUUUUGUAUCUAUGAAGCUUUGGCUGAUGGGUUAGAUGUUUAUAUAGUGUCAGUUUCAAACAUUUAUUCGCCUCCAGGAAGUUUGAUUGAUUUUGCAUUAACAUCAAGUGAUGUCUGGGCACAUUGGACAACAAAUGAUGGAGAGUCUGUAACAUAUUAUGUAACAAAGUUUGAAAAUGGUGAAGAUGACAACAGAUGGAARAGGGUGUUUAGUGAACCAUUUACUAGUAAUUUCUCAGUKGUUGUUCCACCAUACAAAGAACCAAAGGAGGUGUACCUUAAUGCACUGUUCUAUCCUGGACGGUUCCUUGAUCAGGCCAUUGUCAAAGCACUACAGAUUUAUCAGAAUAGUAUCCCAUCAGCUUGUUCAUAUGAUGACAGGAGUGAGUUAAGAAAGCAAGUAAUUCACCUAAUUGAUACUGAGAUUCAACUGUCAGCUUCAAAUAAUGAGUUAAGCUACAGUGAGUACUAUGACUUACAGCUGAGUUGCUGGGAGAAAUUCUUUUGCUGUGUUGUACAGUAUCAUCAGGCUGCUGAACAAGCAGUAGGUCUUUUUGUAGAUAAAGCAACAAGUCUAGUGUUCAUUAUCAAAAAGGAUAUGCUUUCAGUACUGAAGGACUGUGAAGGUGCUGAAAGGCUGUACCUCUUUUCUUCCAUACAACAAAAUGAACCACUAAAUGAGGAUUUGUUGAUGAACAAGUCGUUGAAGAAAGGGCUAGUUAGUGUUUACAAUGCUAUGAAACUCAUAUCAAAUCAGUUAAGUAAUGAGAACAAGGCAGAUAUUGAGAAUGAUCUCAUGUAUGGAUGCAAUCCUACAGAAAUGGCACUUCAUAUUGCAGAUAUGUUAGUCACUGGUCACAGUGAUCAUCAGGUAUCAUUGUAUAUCAAGUCAGAAUUUAUACAAGAAAUUCAAACAAGGUACAGUCAUUGUCUUCUAAAUGUUUGUCCAUCAAUGUUUGCUUUCAUUUUUGYGGCUAGUGCCUUAUAAUUGAAGAGGCAGCUGUAAAAAUGGCCAAAGUGACUUUUUAGGGUAUUUUUGAAAKAAAAUCAAUUCAAUCACAUACUUUCAGUCUAAAUAAUCUUAUUUUAAUUAGUACUUAUUUCUCUCUCUUAAACGACCCAUAGUUAUGGACUACUUUUGCUUGACAACUGAUCAAUUGACAGUAAAAUCUUCUGGAUAUGCAUAUUUAAGAUAAACUCUUCAAAAACUUUUUGAAUUCUCCUUGAAUWUAUUUAACAGACAUCAACAAGUAGGGUAUACGUUUUUAACUCUAAGUCAAUAACCUGUUUUCCCYCGAAUCCAAUCAUGGGCAAUUGUUUACAAUCAGGUAGUUAACAAACAAAGUUGUGCCUGUGGUUGUUAUUUAUUGUCCUCACUCAAAAGUUAUGARGGACUCAUUGACAAAGUUAAUUUUUUGUUUGUUUUGGAACUUAAUAAUAUAUGACAACGACACAAAUUUUGAGCCAAAUGUGU